GUCGGAUUGUUUUAACUGGCCAGAACUGAUUUGGCUUAAAAUCAAAGCCCUGUGCUUUUUUAUCUCAAAAAGACUUUCUCAGCUAAUGUCUCAUUGGGAAACUAUACAAGAUCGCUCCUCUCAGGUUUCUCCUGCUCGAUUAGUUUAUACCAGGAAUUACCCUAGUGAACAUGACGACGGCAUCUAUGAAGCUGUAAGUAAAUCUUAUAUACCAACAACGCACCAUGACGGUGCCGAAAAGGUAGCAGAAUCACGAAAAUCAAAAAAGCUUUUCGUUACUUAUGUAAUGCCGGACGAAGAAAAGUCGACGUCAAUAUUAUUGAGAUUGGCUUUGGGUUUGUUAUUACUCUCUUUCCCCAUUUUUUUACUUUGGCAAUGCUAUUCAUUGGUACAAGAUAUUUGUAGCCGCGUUGAUACGACUCUACUCGCGCACAAAAUACAACAUAUCCAAAGAGUCUUUGAAUCUCAAGUUACACGAUCAAUCUCUCAUGCACAAGUCUGUGCCGAAAUAAUACGUCAAUCUUUUCAUGAUUCAUCACACAUUAUUCAAGAACGAUACAAGGAAUUCAUUUCACCUAUUAUGACCUCAAACGUGAUUCUUAUUCAACAGCAUUUCCGAUUAUUGAGGAGGGAAUGCCAUGCGUACGUGAGCGAUAAAGUGGAUUGGGCAGCAGCAGAGGCCAUUACCAAGAAAACUGCAGAUUGGAUUCAAAAGUACAUUUAUCCAAAUACGUUAUCAGCAAGAGUACAGAGCUUGGCUCAGGCAAAUGAUUAAUAAAAAAAGUGAAUGUGAUGUUCAUGGUCGCAGUAAUUUUUAUAUCU